AUGGCUCCUCGCUCUGCUCAACGUGAUUAUGCAACAGUAAUCUCAGAAUCUCCAGUUCGUCAUGCAAUCUUCAAUAAACCAUUCUCAUCUUUACGUAGAAAGACGGAAAACCUAUUAGAUCAAAUAACAGGAGGAACAAUACCAACAGAAAUAGAAGAAGAAGUAAGAAGAGAAAAAGAACGAAAACGUGAAUCGACAUGUAGAUUUUGUAGACUUUGUUUUGCCGAUCAACGUGGAUUAUCAAAACAUUACGAUCUCUUUCCGGCACAUUUACGAGAAGAACGUAAAAAGCCAGAAAGAAAAACUACAUCAUCCACCAUACAAAGUCCACCUGUUCAACCUUCUCUUCCAAGACAUGAUACCGUUCCUAGAAUGAGCAAUUCCAAUUCAAGGUCAACUUCUACCAUCAAUGAUACAUUUGCAGUCGGACCUUUGAAUCGACAAGCAUCCUUGCAACGCUCUAAAGCACGAUCCCAGCCAGAUAUACAUGCAAAUUUCGUCCCUAGCUCAAGACCGUCUCCUAGUCGAUCUCCCAUCCCAGCCAACGUUCCUCAAUCACCGCCUCUAUCAUCAUCUUACAUAGCUCCGUCUUCUCCAUUAUCUUCUCAAACAUCUUCACGUUUGGCCAGCGAUUUCUAUGCAUCAUCUCAAAAUAUCAAUUCUCCAUUGUUUGAUUUGGGCGUAUACACAAGUACACCUUAUACAGUACCAAACGCAAUGGCUUCAGCACCAACGAUCCCAGACAAGACGACCGGUACAAAUCCGCAUGCUGCAGCUAUGUUGCCGGAAUUCGAUUUUGAAAACAAGUUUACACGUAUCCCACGGGAAGGAAUUCCAGAACCAUCUAAAGCCAAGCAAGUCCAUCGUCCCGAUCCAAGCAAAUCCGACUUUAUGGCUGAUCGAAAUCGUGAAGCGGGUGUCAGAUCAGCGCGACGCAUUGAUGCUAAAUAUCAAAAUGCCGUCAACGAUAAUGCUCGUUAUCUACCCCAUCGUGGAGCAAGUGAAAGCGAUGCUCUUUCAAUCAAUACAGCAGUGGCUAGACAAGGUCCAGCACCUUUCCCGAAUUCAUUCAAUGGCAUCGUUCGUGCUAUUGCAGCCACUGGCGCAGAUGACGGAUCACCGGCUGUCUUGCCAACACAAGCAAUGUCAACUUUUGAGCAUAAGCGUUCCAAUACGUGGGCUCCUUUGGCAGGUGAAGAAGAUGUUCCAGUGCCAACUUCACGAUCCCGUUCUCGUACAGCCUCCACGAAUGGUCGACAAUGGGGCAGUCUGAUGGAAGCUUUGCCUGGAUCCCCAGCACGCGAAAAGAAAUCUGAGUCACCAUUCAAGGAAUUGGAACCCGUCAAGACAGGUAUGACUUCAUUCUCAGAUCACAAAUCAGAAGAACCGUCAAGUUCAGGUAACGCUUCACCCAUUACCACCCGUUCACGUCGUAAUACGAAUCCAUUCUUGAAUCGCGAUUUCAUGAAGAGCAUUCCUAAUGCUCUCAAAACUCCUCCUUUGAGCCCUUCUAGUCCAUGGGGUAAUGGGUCGGCAUCGCCCGGAAAUCCUUUCAAGCAGCUCGUGGACGAUGACGACGACUUGGGCUUCUUCGAUGCACCUAGUGGACCAAAGACCCCAGCAGAUGAGAUCAAUAAGCUGCGUAGUGCCAAAAGCUCGAAUGCCAUCAAUGAGCCUCUCGCUGGAUCGACUCAGACUGUCCCCGGUGCUUUUUGA